CAGACGUUUUAGCCCCUUAAACUCACACACAAACACACUAUCGGGCACCUUUUACAACUCACAAGUUUCUCCAUGCAUCACACAUUCACAGACACGCACAGGUUUUGCCCUAUGUACCUACUUAUUUCCUUUCCUGAAUGUAACUUGAAGGUGAUUGCGUCGUUUUUGCUUGGAAAUAACCUCAGCCGAAUAAGAUGGCAGAGCUUUAACUCGCACCGGCCUGGAGAUAAAUAUGCCCGUGGGUCGAGCUGUCGACAUGAGUUUGAUGGACAUCUCCAAGAUCUUCUCACUGCUGCAGCCCAGGGAGGACGAUGAGGACAACGCGCUGAGUCAAUCAUUAAACAACGCCGUGAGCAGCGACAACAUCUUUCUCCUCUCGCAGCUUCUUUCUCAGGAGAGCUACAGGAGGUCUAUCAACAGUCGAAGUGGCUGGGGAGUCCCCGUAACCCCCUUACGGACUGCUGCUGCUUUGGGACACCUGAAGUGCCUGGAGCUGCUACUGGAGCACGGUGCAGAGGUAGAUAGCCUGGACGUGAAGGCCCAGACGCCAUUGUUCUCGGCUGUUAGCGGCAAACAUCUGGACUGUGUGGUGGCUCUCCUGAAGGCCGGAGCCGACCCAAACGGAAGCCAGCACAACAACUCUUCGCCGGUGCUGACAGCUGCUCGAGAAGGGGAUGUGGACAUUCUUCAAGAGCUGCUCCGCUUUGGAGCAGAGGUGGACGUUCGACCCAAAGGACCAGAGUGGGCAUCUAACGCUACGGCAUGCCGAGGGCCUCUUUAUAUCUCAGCAGUGUACGGACAUCUGGACUGCUUUAAACUCCUACUCCUCCAUGGAACUAACCCUAACUAUAACUGCACAGAUGAGAAAAUGCUGGCCCGAAUAAAGCAGCCGAAGACUGUCCUGGAGGUAUGUUUGCGUUAUGGUUGCGGCGUGGAGUACAUCCAACUUCUUAUAGACUUUGGAGCAGAUGUAUAUCUGCCGACACUCAUUGUUGACAAGACAACAAAGCAGAAUGAAGCCUUGGCUCUGCUGCUCAAAGAAAGGGUUUGUCCCAAACCUCUGAUGUCACAGACUCGCCUAGCAUUCCGCAGAUACCUUCAUUUUGCUAACAAAGAUCCUGCCAUUGACAGUUUGGACGUUCCUCUUCUCCUGAGGAACUACCUGAAGCACAACACCUCUGAACACGUGGGAUGUUCCAGUUAGCAUCAGAACAAGCAGCAAUAAUUUUUAUGUCAGUGUUGUUUAUUAAGUCCUCUUCGAGUUAAAAAAUAAAUAAAUUGGAUUACACAUCUAUUUAUUCAUUUUCUGUACAGCUUGUCCUCAUUAUGGUUGCGGGUAAGAUGGAGCCUAUCUCAACUAACUGAGCAAGAGCCUGCACUGGUUGCCAGCCAAUCGCAGGGCACAUAUGUAUUUGUUUCAUAAAAUUGUAUGAAUUUAUUCCGAGCACUCUUCAUUUCGUAGCGUUUCUCAAGGCUCCACUGUUCGCCUCCAGUACGUGAUUCCAGACAGAUUUCAGAACUAGAUUUAAGCCUAUAUGUGCUGCCAUGUCAAUCUAAUCUGGGCCACAGAACUUCAGAAUCAGUAGUGUUGGCCGAUAUAACUUAAACUAUGUUAGCGAUGCUGCUGUUUCUUGAUU